AUGGAUACCCUAUUGACUGCAGAUGUCGUCGCCAACUCUCCUCGAUUUCGGCGAAAGUCGAGUACUUUCGUCGACGCCAUCCAUGACCUUCCCGAGAAAAUUGAGAUGGCACCGGCGCAGCUGUACAGCACAGAAUCUGGCCGACUUUUCCAUUCCGGCCGUAUCGUCAUUAUUACUGUAGGCCUGCCAGCAAGGGGUAAAACGUUCGUGAGGCUUAUCAGCGAUAUACGUUGGGCGCCGUCCACUGACGUCCUUUUGAAGGCACAUAUCCGUUGCCCUGGCACGCUAUCUCCGAUGGUCGGUGUCAAUCGUUUCACCAUCUCACGUGCCACCAUUGGGCCUGGACAGGAGAUGCCUGAAGAUUACUUUUUCGUCAACGCGUCCGCCUCUUCGGUGCUCUUGAGACAGAAGAUCGUCAAGAAGUGCCGGGAGGACAUUUAUCAUUUCCUGAAUCACGAAAAUGGUCAAAUAGCAAUUUACGAUGCAGUCAACCCGCUCGCCGCUGGUCGCCGCUCACUUGCGAAAGAGUUUGCAAAACAUGACAUUGAGACUCUCUUUAUCGAGUCUAUGUGUGAUGACCCCCGUAUAAUAGAGGAGAAUGUGCGGAGGGUCAAGAUUUCUUCUCCUGAUUACGUGGGUUGGAAUUCCGAUGAUGCUGUCAAGCACUAUCUGGGUCGAAUAUCUGCCCGGAUACCUCACUUCGAGACGAUGGAAGAGAAGGACCUCAAUUGGAUCAAGAUGAUAAAUGCUGGAGAAAGGCUGAUAGUCAACAACUGCAGUUUUGGUUAUCUUUCCCAUCGUAUUGUCUUCUACCUUCUCAACCUUCAUAUCAAAUCGAGGCACACAUAUUUCGCUAGGGCUGGCGUCUCAGUUGAUGCCAACUCGUAUAAGGCGGAUUCCUCUUUAUCAGAACAGGGAGAAGACUACGCAAGGAAGAUGACAGAACGACUUCUCCAACAUAGGGAGUCUGAAAGGCAAGAAAUGAUCGAGCAAGGCGUUUCGGAUGCUGAAUUGAAACCUUUGACUGUCUGGACAUCCACGCGGCGAAGGACGGUGGAGACUGCUAAGUUCUUCCAUGAGAAGGGCUACAAAGUCCGGCAGAGAUCCCAAAUGAGCCAGUUGAACCCUGGCGUGUGUGAGAACAUGACAGAAGAACAGAUCAGAGCAGAGUAUCCGGAUGAGGUCGCCAAGCACGAAAAGGAUCCGUAUCAUCAUCGGUAUCCUCGUGCGGAAUCUUAUCACGAUCUUGCUGUUCGAUUGGAGCCGAUCAUUCUCGAACUGGAGCGCGAGCAGAAUGAUCUCCUGAUCAUUGCUCAUGAGAGUGUUCUUCGAGUUUUAUAUGGUUAUCUCAUGGCUUGCAACGCCGCAGAUAUUCCGUUCUUGCAAUUCCCUCGAAACGAGAUCAUCGAAAUCAUCCCGGCCAGUUACCAGAACAUAGCCAAGAGAAUCAAGAUUCCAGACCUUCCUGAGGAGAUUAUCCCUCCCUCUCCAGAGGAUAUCAAGUUGCCAGUGCCCCCUAGUGGACAUGCUUCACCCAUGCCAGGCGGUCUAGGAAGCCCACAGGGAGGUCUGGGAACACCACAAAGCGGAUAUCGAUCGCCUGGGGAAACCGAAAGGCUCACUCAACAACAUGUCGAAGACGUUGUUUGA